AUGGACGCGCUGGAGUCGUUGUUGGACGAAGUGGCCCUGGAAGGGCUCGAUGGCCUGUGUCUGCCCGCGCUGUGGAGCCGCCUGGAGACUCGAGUGCCGCCCUUCCCUCUGCCUUUGGAGCCCUACACGCAGGAGUUUCUGUGGCGGGUCCUUGCCACGCACCCAGGCAUCAGCUUCUAUGAGGAGCCUCGGGAGCGACCGGAUCUCCAGCUGCAGGACCGGUAUGAAGAAAUUGAUUUGGAAACUGGCAUUUUGGAGUCCAGGAGGGACCCGGUCCCUUUGGAGGAUGUCUACCCCAUUCAUAUGAUCCUAGAGAAUAAGGAUGGCAUCCAGGGCUCGUGCCGGUACUUUAAGGAGAGGAAAAACAUUACCAGUGACAUCAGGACCAAGUCUUUGCAGCCUCGUUGUACGAUGGUAGAAGCCUUUGACAGGUGGGGGAAGAAACUGAUCAUCGUUGCCUCCCAGGCCAUGCGUUACAGGGCCUUGAUAGGCUCAGAGGGGGACCCUGAUCUGAAACUCCCCGACUUCUCCUACUGCAUCUUGGAGCGAUUAGGCCGAUCCCGGUGGCAAGGGGAACUGCAGCGAGACCUUCACAGCACUGCUUUCAAGGUUGAUGCUGGAAAGCUUCACUAUCACAGGAAAAUUUUAAACAAAAACGGGCUCAUUACAAUGCAGUCUCAUGUGAUCCGAUUACCCACUGGCGCCCAGCAGCACUCGAUUCUCCUCCUCCUGAAUCGGUUUCAUGUGGACAGGAGGAGCAAAUAUGACAUCCUCAUGGAGAAGCUUUCAGUUGUGCUGAGCACGCGGAGUAACCAGAUAGAGACACUAGCAAAGCUGCGAGAAGAACUGGGGCUGUGUGAAAGGACCUUUAAGCGUCUGUACCAGUAUAUGCUGAACGCCGGUUUAGCCAAGGUGGUCUCCAUCCCCUUACAAGACAUUCACCCUGAAUGUGGACCUUGUAAGACAAAGAAAGGGACCGACGUCAUGGUUCGCUGCCUCAAGCUGCUGAAGGAGUUUAAACGGAAGGUUGAAGAUGACCACGACCAAGAUGAUGAUGACGACGAGGAAGUCAUCUCCAAGGCGGUGCCUCCAGUGGACAUUGUGUAUGAGCGAGAUAUGCUCACGCAGACCUACGAGCUCAUUGAGCGCAGAGGCACGAAAGGAAUCUCCCAGGCUGAAAUCCGAGUGGCUAUGAAUGUGGGAAAGCUGGAAGCAAGGAUGCUGUGUCGGCUUCUUCAAAGAUUCAAAGUUGUCAAGGGGUUCAUGGAAGACGAAGGUCGGCAGCGGACCACCAAGUACAUCUCCUGUGUGUUUGCGGAGGAGAGCGACCUGAGCCGGCAGUACGAAAGAGAGAAAGCCCGGAGCGAGCUCCUGACCACUGUGAGCCUGGCCUCCGUGCAAGAGGAGUCGCUCCUGCCCGAAGGCGAAGACGCCUUCCUUUCUGAGUCAGACAGCGAGGAGGAGGGCAGUGGCAGUGGCAAGCGGAAGGGCAGAGGGCCCCCAGGGGAUGGGCGCUCUUCUGCGAGCCUGGGGCCCUGGGCGCAGCCUCAUCACUCCACGCCGACCAAGGGUGGGUGGAAAGUCUUCAACCUGCACCCGCUGAAGAAGCAGCCAUCUUCCCACCCAGGAGCUGCUGAGGAGAAAGCUUGCCGGGGCCUUGUCAGUGGUGGGGACAGCUUCCUGGACACCAGCAGUUCCUCAGACCCCAACGUGUCCUUUGGCUCCCACUGUGUGGAGAGUGGUAGUGGUGACAUAGCCGUGAUCGAGGAGGUCCGGCUAGAAAACCCAAAGGAGAGUAGCAGCUCCCAGAAGACUGGGAAGCAUGGCCCCAGCCAGGACAAAACUUACCGGCUGCUGAAACGCAGGAAUCUCAUCAUUGAAGCUGUCACCAACCUCCGCUUAAUUGAGAGCUUAUUCACGAUUCAGAAGAUGAUCAUGGAUCAGGAGAAGCAAGAGGGCGUGUCCACCAAGUGCUGCAAGAAGUCCAUCGUCCGCUUGGUGCGCAACCUGUCUGAGGAAGGGCUCUUGAGACUCUAUCGGACGACAGUCAUCCAGGAUGGUAUCAAGAAGAAGGUAGAUUUGGUUGUGCACCCGUCCAUGGACCAGAACGACCCUCUUGUGAGAAGUGCCAUUGAGCAGGUUCGCUUCCGGAUCUCCAAUUCCAGCACAGCCAAUAGGGUUAAAGUUUCCCAGCCUCCAGUGCCCCCAGGGGAAGCAGAAGAAGAAAGUCAAGGAAAAGAGGGCCCAAGCGGAUCAGGAGACUCUCACCCAAAUGCUUCCUCUAAACCAGAAAGUGGACGGAUUAAAAAAACCAACAAGAAAACGGGCAUAACCCACCUUAAAAGCUAUCAUCCCGUCAUAGUUCCUGGACUUGGGCGUUCUCUAGGGUUUCUGCCCAAAAUGCCUCGCCUGCGAAUGGUGCACACGUUCCUGUGGUACCUGAUCUACGGGCACCCUUCCAGCUCCAUGGAGAAGCCAGGCCUCAGCAGUGAGAGAAGAGCAAGCAGGCAGGAGCCAGGCAGGGCAGCGGCCCAGCCCUCCUCCUCUGCAGGUGACACGGAGGCCCCCUUUGAAGCUCCAGCCAGAGACAAACAAGACGGUGUCACCCGGGAGGCUGAAGUGGAGCUCACCACGGAGACAGUAUACGUGGAUGAAGCCUCGUGGAUGCGCUUUGUCCCUCCUGUCCCAGUCCACAGGGACUUUGGCCAUGGCUGGGCUCUUGUCAGCGACAUUCUCCUCUGUCUACCCCUCUCCAUCUUCGUCCAGGUUGUGCAAGUUAGCUACAAGGUGGACAACCUGGAGGACUUCCUGAAUGACCCAGUGAGGAAGCACACGCUGAUCCGCUUUCUCCCCAGGCCCAUCCGGCAGCAGCUUCUGUACAAGAGACGCUACAUUUUUUCGGUGCUGGAGAGCUUUCAGAGGCUGUGCUAUAUGGGGCUUCUGCAGUUUGGUCCCACAGAAAAGUUUCAGGAUAAAGAUCAGGUCUUUAUUUUCUUGAAGAAGAACGCGGUCAUUGUCGACACCACCAUCUGUGACCCACAUUACAACCUCGCCCAUAGCAGCCGGCCCUUUGAAAGGCGUCUCUAUGUCCUGAACUCCAUGCAGAAUGUGGAAAGCUACUGGUUUGAUCUGCAGUGUGUCUGCCUCAAUACCCCACUAGGUGUGGUGCGCUGCUCGCGCGUCAAGAAGAACGACAGCUCAGACCAGGGCAGUGAUGAGGAGGGCAGUCUGCAGAAGGAGCAGGAGAGCGCCAUGGACAGGCACAACCUGGAGCGCAAGUGUGCCAUGAUGGAGUACACCACGGGGAGCCGGGAGGUCGUGGAUGAAGGCUUGAUCCCCGGCGAUGGGCUGGGAGCUGCAGGCCUCGAUUCUAGUUUCUAUGGACACCUAAAGCGCAACUGGAUCUGGACUAGCUAUAUCAUCAGAAAAUCCAAAAAGGAGAACACCGUCUCAGAGAAUGGGCUCACAGUGAGGCUCCAGACGUUUUUGUCCAAGCGCCCAUUGCCUCUCAGUGCUGGAGCCACUGGCAGGUUGAACAUCUGGGGAAGAGCAAGAGCAGGCUCCGAACUCUGUGCUAACAGGGAAGAGCAGGUUGAGGUUGACCGAGAGCCCACACUGGACAGAAGCCGGAGAGUGAGGGGUGGGAAAGGCCAGAAGCGGAAACGGCUGAGGAAGGAGCCUGGAAAGAAGACGAAGAGAAAGAAAAAAGAAGAGCUCACAGAAGCAAAAAGCAAAAAGCUGCGCUACCAUGAUGAGGCUGACCAGAGCGCACUGCAGAGGAUGACGCGGCGGCGUGUCGCCUGGUCCAUACAGGAGGAUGGGCUGCUCAUGCUCUGCCGGAUUGCCAGCAAUGUCCUCAACACCAAGGUGAAGGGUCCAUUUGUCCCCUGGCAGGUUGUGCGGGACAUCCUGCAUGCUACCUUAGAAGAGUCUUUGGAUAAAACAUCUCAUUCGGUCGGACGAAGAGCUCGCUACAUAAUCAAAAACCCACAAGCCUAUCUGAACUAUAAGGUGUGCCUUGCCGAGGUGUACCAGGAUAAAGCCCUUGUUGGAGAUUUCAUGAGUCGAAAAUGUGACUAUGAAGACCCAAAGGUUUGUGCCAAGGAGUUUAAAGAAUUUGUGGAGAAGCUUAAAGAGAAGUUCAGUUCAGCCCUAAAGAAUCCCAACUUUGAAAUCCCAGACACACUCCAGGAGCUGUUUGCCAGAUACCGAGUUUUGGCAAUUGGAGAUGAAAAAAAUCAAAUCAGGAAAGAGGAUGAACUUAAUAGCGAGGAUGACAUCCACUUUCUGGUGCUCCAGAACCUGAUCCAGAGCACGCUGGCUCUCUCGGACAGUCAGAUGGAGUCCUGUCAGUCAUUUCAGACUUUCCGCCUCUACCAGGAGUACAAGGAUCAGAUCCUGGUGAAGGCCUUCAUGGAGUGCCAGCAAAGGAGCUUGGUCAACCGGCGUCGGAUCAACCACACGCUGGGCCCAAAGAAAAACCGGGCUGUGCCCUUCGUGCCGAUGUCCUACCAGUUAUCCCAGACCUACUACAGGAUUUUUACAUGGAGAUUUCCGAGCACUAUCUGCACAGAAUCGUUCCAGUUCUUUGACAGAAUCCGAGCUGCCGGCAAGUUGGACCAGCCUGAUAAUUUUUCUUUCAAAGACCAGGGUAAUGACUCCACAAAUGACCUGGUGGCAUUUUCUUUGGACUGUCCUGGAGGACACUGUGUGGCCGCCCUGACCCUUUUCUCCCUGGGCCUUAUUUCCGUGGAUGUCAGGAUUCCAGAGCAGAUCAUCGUGGUGGACAGUUCGAUGGUGGAGAAUGAAGUCAUUAAAAGCAUGGGGAAGGAUGGGGCCUUGGAUGAUGAGGAGGAUGAAGAGGAAGACUUGGAUGAAGGGGCAGGGGGCAAGCGCCGCAACGUUGAGGUGAAAGCCCGCCAGGCCUCCCACACCAACUUCCUGCUGAUGAGGGGCUACUACUGCCCCGGCAUCGUCAGCACCCGCAACCUCAACCCCAACGACAACAUCGUGAUCAACUCCUGCCAGGUGAAGUUCCGGCUGCGCCAAACCCCUGCGCCCACCCAGCUAGGGCCCACUGGCACUCCUCUGGAAGAGCUCAAGGUGGGAACCUCCUGCCUCCCUGACAAAUUCACCAGGCUGAUAGACCCCCAGGAAAACACCUGCCUCUGGGAAGAGUUUGUCCAGCAGGUGGAGCUGUCUGGGUAUAAACCUGAAGACGUGUCUGCAGCCUUGGAGAUCUGGAGGGCCGUGGCAGCCACGGGUUGCUUUGGGAUUGACAAGGAGGAGCUGAGUAGACAAUUCUGGGCCUUUGAGAAGACAGGUGGUGAGCGCACCAGGAAGUUCACAGACUAUAUCCAGGACCUCCUGGAGCGACACCAGGUGCUGGAAGUUGGUGGCAACACCAUUCGCCUGGUGGCCAUGGCCUCUGCCCAUCCCUGGCUCCUGCACUUGGUGCGGCUAAAAGGCAAAGAGGACGCUGAUGCUCAAAGAGAGGACACCCAGGCCAGACCCCCGGAGGGGCCUUCCAGCAAGGAUGGUCCCCCUGUGGAGCAGGCACUGGCUUUUCAGGGUCCCCGGAGUGCCAAGAGGCGCUCCAGCCAGAGCAGGCAGCCUGAUGCUGAGAGUGCCCAGAAGCCCCCCGCAAAGAAGCCCACACUCCAGGACUUGCGCUCGGGCCCCACCCUGAGGCCCAGAGCAGAGGAGGGCGCAGAGAGCCAAGCCCUGGCUGCACCCUUGGCUCCUGCAGACACAGCUGCAGGGGGCGCUGGGAAGGAGGACCAAGAGGGUGUCAGGGCACCCAGCUCCUCAGGCCAACAGCAGCUCCCAGAAGUCUCUGAAGACCCCAGAGGAUUUACAGAGAGUUCUGUGGCUGGCAGCCUCUCCCAAGCAGCCCAGGAAAGGGACUGCGAGAGUGUCCGCUUCGUGGGCCGCCCGUGGCGCGUGGUGGACGGCCAGCUGAACACGCCGGUGUGCAAGGGCAUGAUGGAGGCCGUGCUGUACCACAUCAUGACCAGGCCUGGCGUGCCCGAGAGCUGUCUGCUGCAGCACUACCAGGGCGUCCUGCAGCCUGUCGCCGUGCUCGAGCUGCUCCAGGGCCUGGAGUUCCUUGGCUGCAUCCAGAAGCGCCUGCUGAGAAAGCCUGCAGCCGCCUCACUCUUCUCCAAACCAGCCGCCUCGCUCUUCUCUAAGCCCGUGAUGGAAGAGGCGGAGGCACCCUCCAGCCAGAGCGAGAGCCCCCUGGUGUUCUACGAGCCCACGCUGGACUGCACCCUCCGGCUGGGCCGCGUGUUCCCCCAUGAGGUCAACUGGAACAAGUGGAUCCACUUAUAGGGUGGCUGUGGUUACCACAUCCAUUCCCAGCCACCGCCUGCCAUGCCAUGCCCGCCUGCUGGUCUGCAGACCCAACUGGUGCCCCAGUGCUGAGCCUCCUGCAGCAGGGGGUGGCUGCUCUAGCCAUAGCCUGAUAGUCGUCCCCACUGUCCUGGAACUCUGGCCCAUUCUCUUCCAGGGCUGCCCUUGAGACCCUGCUCAUUGCACCCAGACUUGGUGCUUCAUCUUCCAGCUGGGCUGGGACGUGGUGGCACAGCUGCCAGGCGACUUUGGUCCCUUCUGCUUCCUCCUCCCACGGCCUCUUACACGUUGCUUCAGGGCUUGGUUUUGGAACCCGGGUGGUGGUAGUUUGAGAGGCUCUGGGGGGCUUAUCUGUCUCCCAGGGGCUUCCAAGGGGUGGCUGCCUUCCCAGGCAUGAGCCUAAUGUGUGGACCUCAGUCAUCAUCCGUGGGCCAGUGGGGGCCGCCGGCCUUCACUUCACCCUGCACACCUCACAUUCCAGACCCCAGCCCCACGGCAGACUCCCUCUGCCUCCCCGAGUGCCCCGAGCAGAAGGGCCACGUGGGAGGCUUGCCAUGGAGAGUGGGGGUGUGCCCUGUGGCAGGGCCCAGCAGAGACUGCGCCUCCUCUCCAGGCAGGGUGUUCUGCCCCCGGAGGCUGGGAUUGAGCUGCCCAGAAGUCCCCUUCUUAGCCUUGUAAGAGAGACGCUCUCCUCUCGCACCUGACCUUCUCUCUCGGCUCUGGCUGGUGAUUUCCUGCCAGCUAGAAGUGAGGGAUCCCUGUAGGUUUUGAUUUUGUUUCAUUUUCUUUUACCCUCUUUCCUCAUUUAAGGAAAACAUCCCCCUAGCAUGUAUUUAUUUAUUUUUUAUUAAAGUGAAGUAAAAGGCA